CUGCCUGUGUGGACAGUCUCUCCACUCCUUCAUCCGCCUGUCCUGUGCCUCCCAUUCAGGACAAUGCUAAGGGUAAUUGUUUAGAGAAGGACGGCAUGAACCAUAUGGUGAACAAAACUCGAGGCAUCAUCACUUUGUACAGACACCAAAAAGCAGCGUUCGCCAUCACCAGUAAAAGAGGCCCUGUCCCAAAGGCCCCAAAACCCCAAAGCACUGAGCUCCCUCCUGGAAGCACCAUCAACACGGACAAUGACGAGAGCAGGAAACCCUUUCUGAUUCAGAGGAGAGGAGCUGAGUUUUCCCUGACGACCAUCUCAAAGCACUUUGGGGCUGAUCUGACCAAGGCUUUGCCAUAUCUUUGGGAGAACACAGUCGGACCUCUGAGGAGCGUCGUCGAUGACAACCACCAGAUCAAUAGAAAUGUUCAGUUGGAAAGAGGAGAUGCUGCUGCUCAAGAACUGGUCAACUCUCUGCAAGUGUUAGAAGUUAUGGCUCCAGCAAUGUCCACAGAACUCAAACCUUUGCUCCUGGAGCAGCUGGCGCACCUGUUCACCUGUCUGCAGCACCCAUACACAGCGGUCAGACACAUGGCAGCACGCUGUGUGGGUGUCCUCUGUAAGAUCUCCAUGUUAGAGACCAUGAACAGUUUCCUGGAAAGAGUCCUGCCCUGGCUCGCAGCCAUCGACGACUGCACAAAGCAAGAGGGCGCUAUUGAGGCGCUAGCCUGUGUGAUGGAGCAGUUGGAUGUAGACAUAGUACCAUACAUUGUGCUCCUGGUUGUCCCGGUGCUUGGACGAAUGAGUGACCCCACAGACAGCAUACGUUUCAUGGCCACUCAGUGCUUCGCCACCCUCAUACGACUACUGCCCCUGGAGGCAGGUAUACCAGACCCUCCCACCAUGUCUGCCGACCUCAUCCAACAGAAAGCCCGAGAGAGACACUUUCUGGAGCAGCUUCUCGACGGGAGAAAACUGGAAAACUACAAGAUCCCGGUUCCCAUCAAGGCCGAGCUGCGCAAGUACCAGCAGGAUGGCGUGAACUGGCUUUCUUUCCUGAACAAAUACAAACUCCAUGGCAUCCUGUGUGACGACAUGGGUCUGGGCAAAACCUUGCAGUCCAUCUGUAUCCUGGCAGGAGAUCACUACCUCAGGGCGCAGGAAUACUCAAAGACCAAAGCGUCCGACUGCAGCCCCAUGCCCUCCAUCGUAGUCUGCCCCCCGACGCUCACGGGACACUGGGUAGAUGAGGUUGGAAAGUUCUGCUCCAGAGAGUUCCUCAAUCCCCUGCACUACACCGGCCCUCCCACAGAACGCAUGCGGUUGCAGCAUUUGGUGAAAAAACACAAUCUCGUAGUUGCCUCUUAUGAUGUUGUUCGAAAUGACAUUGACUUCUUCAAGAAUAUAAAGUUUAAUUACUGUAUCCUUGAUGAGGGACAUGUGAUCAAAAAUGGGAAAACUAAACUCUCCAAAGCCAUUAAGCAGUUAGCAGCAAACUUCAGACUCAUUCUGUCUGGAACGCCAAUCCAGAAUAAUGUGCUAGAGCUGUGGUCAUUGUUUGACUUCCUGAUGCCCGGUUUCCUUGGCACUGAACGUCAGUUUGCGGCGCGCUAUGGAAAACCGAUCCUCGCUAGUCGGGAUGCGAAGAGUUCAUCUCGUGAGCAGGAGGCAGGUGUUUUGGCGAUGGAGGCUCUUCACAGACAGGUUUUACCGUUCCUUUUGAGGAGAAUGAAGGAGGACGUGCUUCAAGAUCUGCCUCCCAAAAUAAUCCAGGACUAUUACUGCAACCUCAGCCCACUGCAGGUUCAGCUGUACGAGGACUUUGCUAAAUCUCGAGCCAAAGCCAGUGUAGACGACAGCAUUUCUGUGUCUGUGGCAGAGGAGGAGGAUAAGCCCAAACUCAAGGCAACAGGACAUGUGUUCCAGGCUCUCCAGUAUCUGAGGAAGCUGUGUAACCAUCCCAGUCUGGUGCUGACAGCUCAACAUCCCGAGUUUAAACGCAUCACGGAGCAGCUGGCCUCGCAUAACUCAAAUUUACGAGACAUUCAACACGCACCUAAACUAUCUGCACUUAAACAGCUGUUACUGGACUGUGGUCUGGGUGGAGGAGGCUCCUCUGAGGGGGGCACAGAGUCUGUAGUGGCCCAACACAGAGUCCUGAUCUUCUGUCAGCUCAAAAGCAUGUUGGAUAUUGUGGAACACGACCUGCUGAAGCCCAAACUGCCCACAGUCACAUACCUCAGACUGGACGGGAGCGUACCGGCCGGGCUCAGACACUCCAUCGUCUCCAGGUUUAAUAACGACCCCUCCAUAGACGUGCUGCUCCUCACCACUCAUGUUGGAGGUCUGGGUCUUAAUCUGACCGGAGCCGACACUGUAGUGUUUGUGGAGCAUGACUGGAACCCCAUGAGAGACCUGCAGGCCAUGGACCGUGCUCACAGGAUCGGACAGAAACGUGUGGUGAACGUGUACCGCCUCAUCACUCGUGGGACUCUGGAGGAGAAGAUCAUGGGUCUGCAGAAGUUUAAAAUGAGCAUCGCCAACACAGUGAUCAGUCAGGACAACGCCAGUCUGCAGAGCAUGGGCACCGACCAAUUGCUCAACCUCUUCACUCUGGACAAGGAUGAAAAAGUUGAAAAGGCCGAGCCCUGCCCUUCAACCUCAGGGAAGUCCUCCAUGAAAACAGUUUUGGACGGUUUGGGUGAACUUUGGGACCAGCAACAAUACGACACUGAAUAUAACCUGGAUAGCUUCAUGCACUCUCUACAAUAACAGCCCCUUCACCUGUCCACCUGCCCCCACCCGUCCCCACCCAUUCACUCAAAUACUCACCCCAUGUAACAUUAUGGACCAAGCCGGACCUGGUCAAAACCUGUAUACAACUACUGCUGCUACUUUUUACUCUAUUUCCUAUUAGUGAUAUGUGCGCUCAAGCAAUACCGCAAAUGGACAUGCUAACUUAAGGCUUACUAUCUAAGUAAUGGUAUAUUUCUCACCUAAUAUAAUCUAAUAGUUUCACCACACAGUGUUAAAUCCCUUCCUAAACUACUUUCCGUUCUUAAGUCUUAAUGAAUUGCUAUACUGGUAAUAUAUUCUCUCAAAGGGAAAUUGUGGACUUCAUAGGACAAAUGCUUUCGUUGUCAAUCUGUGAUUAGCACCAAAGACUCCAGGUGGCGUUAUAAUGCGGAGACUCGGUGUCAUUCAAGCCUCUUUGAUAGGAAGUUGUUGUGAAAAUUGAGUACUUUUUAAGUGGAGAUCUGCACUUAAAGCAGCAUCAGACUGAAAUCCAGAAAAGUGUUUUAAAAAGAAAAAAAAUAGACAAAUUGUACAUAUUUCUGUAGCUGCUGCAUUUGUUUAAGAUUGUG